AUGGCUCAUAACGAAUUACUGUCGCUUAAUGCUAAGUGCACGCAAACAGGCACCAUAAUUGAUCGACAUCAGUAUUUGCAUGAGAGGAGACUUUCCAUUCAUCAGCUGUUUCUUUUUCAUGUUUGCAGUGAACCGAGUCUCACCAUGGUUGGAAAUCCGCAAUCGGGGGCAAAACGCAAAGAGAUUUAUAAAUACGAUGCUCCGUGGUGCAUAUUUAGCAUGAACUGGUCCGUUCGUCCAGACAAGCAUUUUCGUCUGGCAGUGGGAAGUUUUGUUGAAGAGUAUAAUAACAAAGUACAAGUGGUUUGCUUGGACGAGGAUCGGGGCGAGUUUGUGGUUCAAAGCAUAUUUGCGCAUCAUUAUCCCACAUCAAAAAUCAUGUGGAUCCCGGAUACAAAAUGUAUCUUCCCAGAUUUGUUAGCUACCAGCGGUGAUUAUUUGCGAAUUUGGCGCGUGCACGAGGACAAUGAAGUGAAAAACGAAUGCCUGCUGAAUAACAACAAGAAUUCCGAUUAUUGUGCUCCUUUGACCUCAUUCGAUUGGAAUGAAGUUGAUCCAAACAUUUUGGGCACUUCAAGUAUCGACACCACGUGCACUAUUUGGGCCUUAGAGGUAAUUCGGAACCGGCCACACUUAGACAUGCCGCCUAGGCUUUCGGUUAAGGAUGCUCAUUUUACAAUUUUUCAUCCAAUAUUCAGGGGAAUAGAUAUCCGAAAACGAGCAUGGAAUAUGAGUAUUCACAGGAAUAAACGAGUUAGUGAUUUUCUGGAAAAUAUCCAAGGCAGUGCAUUGAAAAGCUCAAAAGGCUGUUUUGUAAACUGCUUAUCCUCCACACAAAAAAACAUGAAUUGA